AUGAUUAAUGGUGUUCUUCAUGAAGAACGCCUACUGCGAGGAGCACAACUUGAACGCUCCCAAAUCGUGGAAACUUCGUCAUACGUAUACCUCGGACGUUCUAUGAACAUGGAAAACAGCUUGAAGGAAGAAAUGAAUAGAAGAAUGAGAGCAGCAUGGGCAGCAUUCGCAGCCAUCAGGGGAGCUACGAACCAACUGACAGACCAAGAUUUUCGAAAGCUACUUACUACCCACAGAGCCCUUGAGAGAUGCCUCAAAUUGACUGCUGACUGUGAUACAAGAUAG